AUGAGUAAAGGUAGCGUGGAGGAUCAUCUGUUUAAUGGAGGAACCUUGUUGGACUGGGAAAGUAGGUACAAAAUCGCCAAGGGAUUAGCCUUGGCACUAUAUUACUUGCAUGAACAAUGUGAUCAAUACGUGAUCCAUAGCGAUAUCAAGUCCGGCAACGUCAUGCUCGAUGAAAAUUUCAAUGCCAAAUUGGGAGAUUUUGGAUUGGCUAGGCUAGUAGAUCAUGCUAGAGGGCCAAGAACGACUGAACUGAUAGGAACAUUGGGUUAUGCGGCUCCGGAAUACUAUGCAACUGGUAAAGCAAGUAAGGAAACUGAUGUCUACAGUUUUGGAGUUGUCCUUUUGGAAAUAGGAUCUGGGAGAAGAGUCAUCGACUUAGAACGAGGCCCAGGCCUCCCACAGUGGUUAUGGAUGCAAUAUGGGCCUGACAAGUUGGCCCAUGCGGUGGACUCGAGGCUCGGCAAGGAUUUUGACAAGAAACAGGCGGAGGCCUUGAUGAUGGUGGGGCUGUGGUGUGCUCAUCCCAUUGCUACUUCUCGGCCUUCGAUUGAAGACGCAAUGGAUGUUUUGAACUUGAAGGCAAAGAGAGAGCCUCGCGAACUCCCCUUGAAGAUACCGCAGUCCACACAUAGUAUUGAUCGGAAGGUCUCGCCUGGAUGCUUGGGGUUUUGA